AUGUGGAGCACCGGCGACGAGAAGCCUCCGAUCGACGACAAGUUGGUUUUUUUUUUUUACUUCAGCAUUGCCGUUCUUUUUUUCUGGAAGAUAUCUAUAAAACCUACAGUGUUCACUUUUCAUCAUAAGGUUAUUUCCGUGCAAACUCUGGAUUUUCUUGAAUUUCGCUCAAAAGUUGAUGAAAAUUUUCUUGAUGACUUUAUAGUCCAGCUCUCAUUUCAGAAUACAUAAACUUUCAAGUUCAAAAGAAUCCAAGCCUGAAACCAUGUCUCAGCAACUUUGAAAAGUCAUAUUUUUAAAAUUCAGCGGCUUCUGAUGUACUUUAAUUGUAUACACUCGCUUUUUCCAGUUCACAAGCCAAAAAUCUUCCCAAAAAGCAAAAAAAGUAAUUUUUUCGAUAAUAAAAGCGUAGGCGUGUUUGUCACACGAUGUCGCAAAAUCAAUACAGUCAAAUGAUAUCCGGUAGCUGUAGAAACACUAACCAUUUUAAAGCAUCCAUAUUCCGAUGAAUGAUUUCUCGUUUUUCAGGUCGUUCUCUAUUCCCGAGGCUCGUUUUCCUACUCGCGAAGAGUACGAGAAUAAACGUGACGAAAGGAAACGGAAUGAGGUGAAUACUUCUUUUUUUUUGGCGAAAUAUGUUUAUGAGAAAAUUUUCGAAAGACAACUCCAAGAACUGAAAGGAUGUCCGAAAAUAUUGAUCAAGUUUUGGAAAAAGUUCAAAACUUUACUGUUUCUUCCACCAAGUAUAUAAGCCUACAGCGUUUCAACGACAUAACUUGAAAACUGUUUUUAUUUAACUUUUCCGAUACCUUUUCCAGGCGAAACUGUACCGCGAGUUUGCUCCAACUGCUCUCGGCUGCCGUCCGGAUGUGGUAGAACGACCUGAUGACAAACCUUUCCUCUACUUGCGCACGUCCAGCUGCCAUGCUGGCAUUUACCGUUUCACGAGUUUCACCACGUAAGUUAAUCCGUUUUUGUGCAGCUUAAACUGUUCUCCUUAGAAAAAACGAUUCGCAAGCCGUCUCGGCCUACCACACUCCGAACCUGAGCGGAAGCGUUUCUUCACCAAGCGCCUUGCCUGAAGCAGCCAAGGACAACUCGGACACGAAAAAUCAGUCGAACUCACCCGGCGGUGUUGCCAAGUUCUUGUCCCGUGUUUUGGGAAAAAAAUAAUUGACUUUUGAAUAAAGUACUUGUGAUCGCUGUUUCGAAAGUUCACAAAAAAUACACGAGAUUGAAGAGAAGCUGCGCAAUAGGUUGUGUGCCUGUCUGUGGUCCAAAAGGUUAUAAGCCAAACUAGAGGUUUAAGAAAUUUUGGUAGUGGGAAAACGAUUUCAUAAUACUCCGUCUCAUCGAUUUGGAGCGCCAACACGACUUGAGCGGUAUAAAAAUGUAAAAAGAAGGAGGAAGUAUGAUCACUGAGCUCUGACUCACUCCUGAGAAGAAGCUUUAUAAAAAUCUUCCACAAACCCGAGCACGAGCGUUAACGUCCCAAGAGGACGUCCGGCCUUCGCGGUUAUCCGAUGGCGAAAACCGCUGCCAGUCGGGUGAAGAACAACAGGGGGGUAUAAAAAGAAUGACGCUUGUUAGGUCAGCGGGGCUCUGCCCCAGAUUGUCAAAUGAAGAGUGCGGUCCGGAUCCGGCAUUCCAGGUUUAAAUCGAGGUUUGGCCUGGAGUGUUGAGGCUAACAUGACCGCGACUUUUUGAAAUUUUUUUCAAAGUUUUUUUCGGAUUAUCUUUUUGUAUUUUUUUUCAAACAUACUUGAGGAAGAAACCGGGCAAGAAAAAAAGAAAAAGUUUUUUUAUAAUACAGCUUCCAUUUAGUCGUUUUCAAAGCACACAUUGUCUAUUUAAAUAAAAUUUUUUUUAGUAAUGCAAGUAUUUUUUCCGAAUAUGUUUUCGAUCUUUGCUUGAAAUUUGAUUGAAAAGAUUUUUUAUUUUAUUAACUUCCAUUUCAAUUUUUUUAUAAGCCGUGAUAUGCUCAAAUCAAUCUUUUUGUGAGCUUCUCCUCGUUUUUUCUUUGCUUCUAUUUUUUUCUAAUGAAAUAUCAUCAGAAACGAGAAUAAUUAAGAUUUGCUCAAGUCUACUCAAAAAAAGAUUAUUUCGAUCUUCAAGAAAUUGAAAAAUAAAGAUCAUUCUUAAUUUAUUAUUUUUUUCAUUUCUAUUUAUUCAAAAAAAUUUCUCUUCCAAUACGUUGUAUGAGCUUUCGGGUAAAAAAUUAGGGGAUUUUUUAAUUUUUUUUUUUGGAAUUUCUGUCUUUGCUUUUUUAGAAAGUGUUAUUUCAUUUGUAAUUUGUUCUCGCAGUUGAAUUAUUUUUCUUAAUUUGUUCUCUAAUAUAUUAAAUAGUUCCCAUAUAACGUUCUCAUUAUCCAGAAAAGGAAUAUUUUUUUUCCUAAAUGUUUACCCAGAUCUUGCAACUCGCCAAAGCUGAAAAAAAAAGUCUCAAAAAGAAAUACUGGAAAAAUGUUUUUCUGCCGACCAAAAUAACAUGAAAAUUGCAGGAAACAGGGUGAAUGGCACUAUCGGAAACACUUAUUUCUACGCAUUGCUUCCGGCAAUUCAUCUCGGUAGUAUAAAAGCGAAGACGUCGGUUUCUGGGAUCCCGCGAUCUCCGAGAGCCGCUGUCAUUUGCACAUGAGUGGUGAGUCUGAAGUGAAAAGCGGUGAGUUUGAAAUGACAAGUGGCGAAUAUCUUCUUCGAAAAACCUCGUCAUUUCUUCCUGCCUUUCUCGGUCGGGUCUCAAAGUUUCACGUAUGAACUAUUUUCGUCAUAUUCCACUCAUCAACUCGCAAUUGAGCAGCGUCAAUAACGGUAAAACUGAAAUUUUCAGAAGAUAUAGCCAAGCCUAAUGUUAUUUGUGUUAAAUUGAAAAAUCUCUUUUAAGUACCGUUCAAAAAAAUGAUCUUUUUGUUUCAAAUAAAAAAACCUUGAAACUUCAAAUAAUUGACUAAAAAUCGUUUUGAAAAAAACGAAAAAUUUGUAGUGACCAUAUAAUUUUUCAGGUUUCGAAUAAAACAGUUCAUUUAUUUUCAGCCAAAAGGAAGGAACACAAAAUCAAAAAUUCCUUAUACAAUAGAAUUUUCUCCAUGCAUUUGAACAGCAGGAAAGGCUUUGUCCAUAUGUCAAGUUUUCUGAAGUGUAAAAAAAUUUCAUUUUUGAAAGAAAAUUUUAGUCUAUUAAGUGCAAUACAACCUAAAAGCUUUUUUACGAUUUGAGAAACUUUUUCACUUUUCCUGGCCCUAUUUGAAAUGAACUUCUGUCGUACCCUGUAAUCAUCUAGAUACUUUUAGGCUUAAAUAAAAGCCAUGGAAAAUAAUGGCCCCCAAAAGCUUAGAGUCAGUUCUCUCAGUUUUAUCCACACGCAGCUUCAAAUGAACUUUUUUGCCAACUUACAGCUGUCUGAAAAACUUUUGUCUCAAUUGAACAUCAGUAAGUUUUUUGCUGACUUAUCCACUUUUAUCGGCAAAUCACUACUUUUUUGCAGCCCUAUUCCAAGAAAUCAAAGGUCGUCAGCAAGACUUCAUGAAGGCGUUCAACGCUGGAGAUGCCGCUGGGGCCGCUGCCGUCUACGAUCCGGACGGUUAUUUCAUGCCCAAUGGUCGUAAUCCUGUCAAAGGGCGGGCUGGUGAGCUUUUUUGAUUCGGGUUUUAUUCGGAAGUUCUUCAGGAAUCGAGAACUAUUUCAAAGAAGAUAUGGCGGAAGGCGUGCAGACCGCGCAGGUUUGCAGAUUUUUACGAACAAAAAAAGGAUCUUAAAAAAAAAUUACAUUUUUCAAAUUCUCAUCUUAAUCGGUAGAUCAAUCCAUUUUUUUGCAAUAUGAGUUUUCUGUGAAACGAAAAAAACACUUAUUUAUAUAAAAAAACAUUUCUUACGUUGUCAAUUCUAAACCAUCAUUGAAUUUGCUCAAAAAGCAUGCUAAAAAAAUCCCAAGAUAGUCCGAUUCAGUUUUUACAUAAGAAAAAAAGAACCUUCGAUUGUUCAAACUUUCCAGGAGUUAUCAAAAAAAUAUCAAAGAUCUUAAUUUACAAAAAUCAUAAUAGUUUAUUUUUUUCAUUCAAAUGUAGAGGUUUCUGGAAAAUCUCCUUCUUGUCAGAUAAUAACGGAAGAAGUCAACGGUAGCGGAGAUUGGGCCUUCGAACGGGGAAGCUAUCAUCUGGACGGAACUAAAGGUCGCGAAAGUGGGGCUUACCUUCAAGUCUGGAAAAAGGUUUUCAGAAGUUUCGUGAUAAAACUCAGGCUAAAUAUCUCAUUUCAGGUCGACGGCGUCUGGCUCAUCCACAACGACUGUUUCAAUAUCAUUAAGAAAGCCUGCUAA